AUGAGUUAUCUUAACAAGUAUGUCAAAUUGCAUGACGACCAGUUUGCAAUGUCUAUAUGGGAUGGUGAUCUUAUACUUACCCAGCUCGAUUUGCGAUUGGAGUUUUUAGAAGACAUUAUUCCAUUUCCAGUGAAUUUCCGAUCGGGUCGUGUUCAUGAAUUACGAAUUCAUGUACCAUGGACUAAACUCAAUUCUGAAUGUAUCGUUAUUACCCUAAAUACUGUGGAAUGUAUAUUUGGCUUAAAGAAACCCGAUCUCAACAAUGGAGGUCGAAAUAAACAAGAUCCAACUGGUUUUAUCGAUCUGUAUGCAUGUAAAAACCAAUCUAUACCUACGAAUGUUCCACCUGGGUACUUGGAAGUGUACAUUUAUCGUUUACUUUCUAACAUCCAUUUUGUCGUCCAUAAUUUAAACUUAAAAUUUAUCGAAGAAGAUUUGGUAUUAUCUUUAAGCUUAAACAAAGCUGAUUGUUUUGCUACUGAUUUUAACGGUAAUCCUAUCUUUUGUGAUAUCAAUCCUCGUUCUGCUCAUGUCAUGAAUCGUCUAUUGCAAUUUUUCGAUCUUACUGUAUGUCUUGAUCGUGCUGGACCUAAUGGUUAUGUGGAAGUUUAUGAAGAUCCAAUCGUCUAUAGAUUUAGCAUGUCAUGUUUCAUUCAAAUAGUUUGUACACCAAAUGCUAAUUCGUCAGCAUUUCAUCAAACACUUCUUACAAACCUAAAAAUUCAUUGCGAAACAUUUUUUGCACAUAUAAGUCCGGUUCAAAUUCCUUUGUUAUAUCGUCUUAUAAAAGUAUUUUUGAGUAUUUGUACAGAUACGUUUGAUUGGUCUAUCUUAGACUGUUCAGCUAACAAUACACAAACUGAAAAGAAUGAUAAAGAAAAUCCUAAUAUACAGGCCGGAGAACUGAACGAUGAACCAAGCAGCACAGAUGUAGAAAAACAGUCUUGGGCUUCUUGGGUUUGGUCAUUUGUACCCAGCAUUAUUCCCGUUAUGGAAGCUUCAGAUGAGUCAGACGGGGAAUACACAGACAGUAACUUAAAAGAACAAUAUUCGGAUACUGACUGCGUAAAAGAACUAAUACGAUGCAUUUUAGAGGAUGCUUCUGAACACGAGGUUGUCUUACCUGUGCCAGCUAUUCCUGAUUCAACUGAGAGUCCUCCAUUAGUUCCUGCUGUAAAAACUCACGAUGUCUCGUAUGUAUCUGAUCCUCACUGCUCUGAAAACACAACCAGUGGGAAUUUUCAGCAGGAAUACGAAGGAACAAAUAAAGAAAAAUAUUCACAUUUGAGACGUCGGAAAAUUCGUCGUCUCCGGCGAUCUGCCUCGGUAGUCCCUGUGCUUGUAGUUGGAAUUUUUAUCGAUAAAAUUGACUUGGAUAUUUCUUUACCUUAUCCUAAAGGAUUCACCUGUUCAUCUUCAACUUCCGGGGUAAGAAGAUCACAUAAUGUCAAACGUCAUUUUCAGCAUUCUAGACCCGGUAUAAAGUGCGAGUUUAUUGAUAUCGCUUUUCAAACUACAGUUCGUGAUGCAUAUUUCAAUCUUGUUCAAUUUGGAGUUCGUGGAUUCAAUUGUUUUCCUAUAGGAUGCAUAUGUUGUUGUGGUCAGUCAGAGUAUUCAGCCAAUUUAAAACAUGAUUCUGUUUACAAUUGUUCAUCAGACACUUCAUCUUUGAAUACGUGUACUAUGUAUGAUGACUAUUUAGAUAAGGUUCGACCAAACUUUUUAACACUUGGAUGUCAUGCAAAUGUCAAAUCAUCUCCUUCUGGAUUACACUCUCAUCCGUGUGAAAUAUUUUACUCUGCAAUCUUACAACAAUCCAAUAAUCAAUUUACUAUCUGUUCAAAAACAACUCAUAAUUUAUCCAAAUUCAAUUAUUCUCCAAUAUUAACUUUAAGCGAUUAUGAUAAAUAUUUAACAGAUGAAAAUGUUCAAGAAAACUAUCCAGCUUUUUGGUUCGAUUCUGUUCGUUCCUUACAGGUGGAUAAUCCUCAAGUAGCAGCUUCGGAUCUUUCAUCUGUUCAUCAAUAUCAAAUGGAAGGAGUACGAGUGUUUGCUCAUAAUCGUUUUCUGAUUGGUUCAUAUACAAUUGAUGUAUCUCCUAAUUUAAUGCAUCGUUUACAAGGUGUGAUAAUUGCCUACAAAAGUUCCAGUCCUUAUCCAUCAUGUUCCAUUUCACAAACAGAUGAAAUGUCUACAAUGUUAUCGAGUAAUUUAUCGCUUGCAAAUUUCUCACAACAUAUACCAACAUGUAAUACACGAUUCAAUAUCAGUGAUGGAAUUAUAUGCGUGCACACUUCUCAUAAUUUUCAAGUGAAUCAAACUCUUCCCUAUCUACAACUUCAUAUUGAUCGUAUAUCUUUAUAUAAUCGUUCACCAAUCUAUCCGUAUAAUAUUGUACAUAUAAUAAAUCGUCAAACUAUUCCCCCUUAUUUAUUCAAACGUAGUUAUGAAUUUAUUCAAUUAGAAUUGAAUAAUCCAUUAAAAUCUGUUGAUGAUUGGUUAAAUGAAUUACACUUAGGUGUACCGAGUACACCAAAUAAAGAAUGGAAUAAACAAUUGAUUUCUUAUUGUUAUAAUAGAACUAUAAUAAAAUUAACUGGAGUUUGUAUGAAACUCAUUGUUAAUCAUCAAACAAAGAAUAUUCCUCUUAUUAAUAAUGAUAUAUUGAAUGAUACAUUACCAAUACUAAAAUUUGAUACUAUGGAAUGUAUUUUAUGGUCAUUGAAUUAUCCACAUUUGUGGAAUUCACCUUUAAUAAGUCAUUCAGAGUGUCGAUUGAAGUUGGAGAAUGUUGUGGAAAUUAAUAUUUCUUUACAAACUGUCGGUAUUUUGUCAUUUAUUCUAAGUGAUCUAUUUCACCGAUUAGAUCAUCUUAAAACUUAUUCACAAUCACAGGAUAGAAAUGUUUACUGGCCUGCUGAACAUCAUUAUUAUUUACAAAGUGAAUCACAGCCAAAGGAUAAAAAAUGUUGGAUAUGGACUACUAAAUUAAGCGGUGUUUCCAAGUGUCGUAUAUGCUUUACUAAACUAGUAUCUGUUAUACAGAUUAGUUUAGAAACAAAUUUACUAAUGUACUUGUAUUAUCCUAAUGAAAAGCAGAAAAUUUGUCCAAUGAUAGAGAGAAUAGCUGAAAAAACAAGUGAUAGUUAUGAAAAUAAAAUCAAACCGCUGUUCUGCUUCGCUGUACAAUUCCCAUACUUGCAUGAUACAGUUUCUAAUGCACCUAUCACUUGUCAUGGAUAUUUGACCAAAGUUGACUGGUUAAUUACACCAGAAUUAUUUGAAUGGUUCACUUUAGUAAGUUUACCAGACGUUAAAUAUCAAACACCACAUGGUCAUUGUUGUGAAUAUACAAGCAGUGCAGCUGAAUCAACUGCAGGAAUUGAAUUUUCACAAUCCACAAAAAAAAAUCAGUUAUUAUACGAUGGAUUAUCGUUAUCCAGCUCUGAAAUCAGCUCUAAGGGAUUGAUAAAAGCCAAUAUUAUUCAUUCUUCAUUAUCGACUCAUUGUUCUCCUACACACGCAUUAGUUGUAGGUAAUAAAGCUCAAUGGAAAGAAGUUUGGAAACGUUUAACGUAUUGUAAGAGUAUUUUACAGAAUGCUAAAUUUCAGAUUCUUUUCAAACCAGCACGAAUAUUCACUAUAAUUAGUGAAUGUCCAUCAACAUUCUCCGCAUUUGCAGAAGGUCGAAAAUUAGAAAAUCUACUAUUACUCAGUAACACGUCUCAUCUAAUUUUUGGCCUUCCUCAGUUAUAUUUAUCAAAUUAUUAUGAUUUAAACAAAACUGGUAAUGAUGAGCUCUCACAUGAACAACUUGAUGAUAUGAUUCUCAGCAAUUGUUCAUGGUCAUGUUCAUUGCAUGAGUUACCCAUAUUCUUACCAUCAGAAAACAUUGAUCCAGCACAGUCCAACUUCCGUUGGAUGUUUUCAGCUACACAAAUGUAUUUAAUGAUAGAAAAUAGUUUAAUUUUUGCUGAUCAACUGGCGGUUAAUUUCGAUUUGCAUUCUGAUCAAAAUUUCGAUGACAAAAUACUAAAAGGAACAUUAAUGUCAACUAAUACAAUGUCUAGCAGCACUAGUCCAUUUGUUAUAACUCUCAAUGCAACCAUUAAAUGGGAUCGUGAGCCGAAUUAUUUAUCUGGUAGAAAAUACAGAAUUCCAAAUUUACAAAUUUUGAGUCAGGCAGUCAAAACAGUUCAAUUUUGCUACAGUGGAAUUCAUAAUAUCAUUGUACCUAAGUUGUCAGAAUUCACUAGGUUUAUAAACAGAAAUGCCAAAAUACAAUUAUCAACAGCAACCUUUGUCAAAUCCACUAUGGAAUCUACCAAUCAAAACAAGCCCACUCACAUUAAUUCACCGAAUAGUAGUAUUUGCAUCACCGAACAGUCAUGUGUUGAUAGUCAAACGGUACUUUAUAAAACAAACUACAAUCGUCAUUCUAACAUGAAAGAUUAUCUUUCAACAAUUAGUUCAUUUCAUUCACCAUAUAAUAUCAGAAAUUAUGCAAAUAAGUCAAGAAACAUUGAUCUCGAAAACUCGUCAAUCUGUAAAGAUCAAGAUAAUCCUUUUGAUAUCAUUCUAUGUGUUCAAUGCAGUUUACCAUCUGCCAAUGGAGAAAUUAUGUUAACAUCCUGUGAUCAAGAUGCUAUUUUACAGUGGACAAUAGAAAAUACACAACUUUGUAUUAAUUUACAAAAGGAAUGUUGUUGUGUUGAUUUUCAUGUUCGUUAUUUUGAUGCAGUAAUUCAAAAAACAGGAUCCAAAAUUCCACUGUUUACAUCAUUAGAAAAAGAUAUUCAACCUAUCCGAUUACUUCAACCUUAUUUCAAUAAAGCACAUGAGGUUGAAUUCGAAUCGCAAACUGUGUUACCUAAUCCUUCCAUGAAUCAACUUUAUCAGUCUGAUAAAUUUUUAUGGUUUGGAGAGAACAAUGUACCAUUAAUACCUAUCAAUGCUCGAAAACGUCACCGCUUGAAUUCAGAUACAAACAGAGGAGAUGAUAAAUCAAGCAUUGGAGAAAAUUUUGUCAGGAUAGUGUUUAAAAGAACAUGUUCUCAAGCCAGUACAACUUCGGAUUAUUUUUCUGUAUCUCAAUCAGAUUUGUCACUAAUCGAUGACGUUUCAUGUGGUGGUGUGGUCUAUUUAGAAGACCGUCUACAUGUUGCUGUUCAACCAUUAGAUAUUGUUAUUAUUCCAGAGGUAAUUAGUGAAAUCAGUGGUUUUAUCGAUGACUGCUUGGCGAAUGAAGGACUAUGCACCAAUUCAUUAUUAUCAACCUCAUCUUCGGUUCGCACUGACAAGAUAGCUAACAUAUCACCUAUGAAACCAACUUUAACGGUGCAUUCACUGCCAAUUAUCAAUGCUGAAAUUGAUUCAUUUCGAAUAUUUUAUUUAUUAGGCGGAAUAUCUAAAAAGAAAAACAUCUCCAAACAUCCCAAUGCUUUGAUGCUAUCUUGUGAUCUUAUUCAAGCAAAGCAAUUAACAGAGAAUUUUAUUGAUCGACCAUACUUUUCAAAUGAUUUCACUUUGAAUCAAUCAUUUCCAAUAAAACAAUCGAUUAUCGAAAAUGAUAAACAAUUGCUUAUAUUGGUGAACUGUAUUGGUAUUGCAGCUGUACCAUUUGACUUUAUGUGCCAUGAAAAACAAGCAAUUGAUUAUCAUUCGUUUAAUUCUAGUGUUAUUGCUCAAAAUCCCGCUAAAGAUUGGAAUCAAGCAGCUACUUAUAGUGAUAUAAAUGAUCCUUUGUAUGGGUGGUCCAUUGUACAACCAUUUAAUCUGUCUAUUACACUUGCACCGGCUAUUGUGAAAAAUCAUGAAAAUUCUGAUAUGAAUAUUUACGGAGGAUAUGCCAUGGAAUUAUGUCUAAUGAAUAAUUUAUUGAUACUAGCUGAUUGUGAAUUAAUUAAACAUUUUAUUCAAAUCAUAUCGGAUUCUGCAUGUUCUUCUUCAGUGACAUCGAAUCAUAUGUCACAAUCAUUGUCAUCAUCACGUCAAUCGUCAUAUGUAAAUCUAUUUGAGCGAUUAUUUUUCUCAUCAAAUAAUCAUUCUAAUAACUUAUUCUAUACACCUAGUCGUUUAUUUAUCAUUACUCGUCAGAUUUUAUUUCUUAUGUGGACGACACCUCAUGAAAAUCAUUAUUCAUCAGAAUUUAUUAUGCAAAUUAAUCAACCUCAUAUGAUUGUGAAUAUAGCUGGUGAAAAUUUAAAUGUUUCUGAUUGUAUGGAAUUUUCAAUGGAUAGUUUUCAAGUGGAUUGUCGACGAAGUGGAUUGAAAUCCUCAUGUACGAUGUGUAAAUCGGUUGUUAUUUAUAAAUUUAAUCCAGAAAAUUGCAAUAAAGAUCCUACUGUUAUUGUUCUUCCAUGCAUAAUUAACAAGAAAAUAUCAUCUGAUAAUAAAAAUAACGAUUUACCAAUAUGUAAUUCAUCAAUAUUUUGGUAUUCCUGUCCCAAUCGGAAGCAUUCAGAUACGGAUUUCAUGAAACCAUGCUUACUAGUUACCUGCAGUCGACCUUCUCGAUUUGAUUAUUUAUCUUCAGUCAGAGAGUCAUUACCGUAUCAACAUAAUCGUUUCAACAUACAAAUUUCAACUGUACAAGAUCAAUUUUUCUCCAUUCGUCCAGUUACAAUUUCCUCAGUUUUGCAUUUGUGCAACUUUUUCCAUCAAUUAUUUGAAAGGAAGCCUAAAAAUAUUACCGGUGAAAUGGAUUGUAACGAAAUUAAACAAUGUCAUCAUAAUAAUCCUUGUGUAAAUCAAUCAUCAUCCAGCAGUAUUGCUAGACUUGUUCAUAUUUUACACUUUUAUUUCGAUAAAAUUAACAUUGAAAUAAAUAGUAUUAAGAUUAAAUUACAAUUUAAUGAUAUUAUUGAACAAACAAUCAACUCAUCCAAUGUCUUAGAAUUAAGCAUAAAACAAAUUUUAACAUUGAUUCACUUAAAAAUCAUUCAAUCUGAACCAAACACUUCAACUUAUUGUUGGCAAAAAUUAUCAUCUUUAUCUUUACGCUAUUAUGAUACAAAUAACUUAUUGGAUAAAAUGAAUUCUCGUAAAUCUAUUCAUUAUUUAAUAUGGCCUAAUAUAAAUUAUCAAUUAGGUUUGUCCAUUGACACUAAACAUUGUAUUCAUGAAGUCAGUAUUAAUCCUAACUAUUAUUCAUUUGAUAAAGUCUAUGCAUAUUUUCAAAUGGAUUCUGGUCUAUACAUUCAUUUACCUGUAUGCGGUUAUAUAAAUGAAUACAUUCAAAUGAUUAUUCAACAAAUAAUGUCUAUUAUGAAAUCGAUUAGAAUGAGUAAUGAGAAUGUAACCACUAAUAUAUCUUCUAUUCAACAUACAGCUGAAUAUAACAAUUCAUGUGUACAUUGUUCAAAUAAUGAUCCUAUUCUAUGCAUAGAUGAUUUACGCAAUCAAGAACAUUUUAUCUUUCAUAGUUAUACACCGACUGUGCCGUCAUCAUCUGAUAAUAUUGAACAACACCAAUUUGAAGCAUACUUUUCUCAUCCAUAUUGGCCAUGGAUAUUAAAUGAAAAUAAUUGGAAACAAUCACCUUUACAAGCGCAUCCAUGGCCAUUACCUAAUCAAGUGAUACUUUAUAAUGAUUUAGUAAAUGAUAAAAUUAAUAUUGAAGAUAAUAAUUAUUUACAGAAACCACAAUGGUUAGGUAUCACAUGGAUGUAUAAUGAGCUGCGUACACCGAAUUAUUUAAAAGUAUUUCCUGUACCAUUGGAAUUGGUCACUUCAAAAUUGAAUGAUAAUAAUUUACCGAAUGAAUUAGAACUUCAGUGUUAUUUACAAUACUGGGACCCAUUUUGUCAAUAUGGAGGACGUUUCAUGACAUACAGCUUAUUUAUCCUUAGUGACAGUCAAAUAAAUCAAUAUAUGUUAUCGAAAAAUAAUCAGCAACAUACUGGAUCUAUUCCAUCCAGUCCUAUUUCCUCUGAAGCAGUAAACAGUCAUUGCUUCCAUUCAAAUGGUCAAGUCAUACGUUCGCCAUCUGAUGUAAGCUUUUCUGAUCGUGAUGGUUCUAUGCAUUCAUCAGAACCACCAACUCAACCAGCAGCUGCUGUUUGGAGAAUUCUUGUUGAUUUACGACAAUCUACGGAAUGCCAAAAUGUUGGUGGUUUCGAAUUGAGUCGAUGUAGUCUAAGUGAUUUACAUUUUCUUUACAAAUCAAGUUUAUCUCCUUUCAAAAUCAUAAACUAUCCUUGUAAUCAAAGUAUUCAAUGUGAUAUUGGUCAAAUUUCUCUACUAACAGCUGAUUUGAAUUGGUCUCGGCUGCAACAAACUGUAAUUAACAAGAAUCUAUUUUGUCGCUUAUCUAAGCAGAAAUUGAAUAUUGUUUGUAAAUCUUUAAAUAUUUUCAUUAGUUCCGAUCGUCUCAUGAGUAUGAUUCUUUUAAAUCAAAGAAUAAAACAUUGUAUUGAUAAAUUUGCAAAUAUCCUAUUCCAAACUGAUCAUUUUUAUCACAAAAGCUGUCGGUCAUCUGCCAGUGAUUCUACACUAUCAAGCAAUAAUUCUGCUUUAGGUUGGACCUUAAUCAACUAUUCCAAUCAGUGCAUGGUUCUGGAUCAAUUACCUUUGGUCAAAUAUCUAUCUGUAGACAAAACAAAACAAUCUUCAUUAGAAAUUGAAUAUUCGCUGAAUGACUUAUUUCAUGUCUUUGUUAAACCUAGACAAUCGAUUUAUUGGAGACCGAUUGUUUUUCCUGGACCAAUUUCAUCUUCUGGUCAUGCAUUUCGUAUAAAAUUACGAAUUGGCAUUACUGCUAAUCAUGAUGGAGAUUAUAAGAUCCUUCUAUGGUCUCAUCCAGUAGAGCUACCUUGGCCUCUUUUAGUCCACAAACAGCAUAACGAUAUUUUAUGUGCUUUAUCAUUAAAAUGGGAAGAAACUCCUCUAUGGACUACUGUUCACUUCCCUGAACUUUAUUUAAUUGUCUGUGCUAGUGAACCGAAUGGAUUACCGGGAAAGAUUAUAUUACACUCCAAUGUUGUUGUACGUAACUUGUUACCUGUAUGCUUAACUUGUUCACUAAGUACUUCAACCAGUAAUGUUGAAGUUAAGAAACGUUUAGCGACAACUGGUACAACAGACAAGCAUCUAUCUAACAUUUCAAAUCAACAUAAAACUGUCAAUGAAAAUUCACAAUCUACACAACAAUUAUUUGAAAUUUCCACUGGUCCAACUAUGGAAUUCAUUUCAACAUCAGCUAACAUUUCACCAUUUUAUAAUACUACACUUGGAUGUGAUUUAUGCAUUGCUUUUAAAGUCAAUAAUAAUAAUAAUAAUCAACUACAAGAGAAUCAUACAAUGUGGUCAGAUUCAUUGAAUUUCAAAAUACCAUUACCUGAUCAAUUGAAUUCACAAACAGAAACAAGUCAUCGAACUCUUAUUCAACUUACCUUGAAUAGUGAAAACAAUCUGUCAACUGGUUCCUCUAUAUUUUAUGCUAUUAUUACUGUUGAAUAUUAUACAACAAGUUUUAUUACUCCACCAAUUUGCAUAAUUACAGUGUCUCCAUUAUUCGAGAUUUUAAAUUGUAUACCAAUUCCAUUAAGACUGGAGAGUAAAGCAGUCAGUCCCCAGCAAACAAUCAAUACAAAUUCAUCUUCAGUUGAAGUUAUUUCACCGGCUUUAUUUAAUCACGAAAAUUGGUUAGCAUGUCAACAUGAUAAAAGUAUCGAUGAUUUGUCUAGUGCCUGCCUUUAUGUAUUAGCUAAACCUAUUCAAUUGGCAUAUCAUUAUAAUUUACUGUUGACAGGCACUCUACCAAAUGGUGAAUCAGUAUUUUCACAUCCAAUACGAUUAUCUAGUCAUGAAAUUUUAAAAAAGUUGGCUACUACUUAUAUAAAUUAUAACAAUUCAAUAUUAAAACAUAAUAAUAAUAAAAAUAAUAAUCCAGAUGAAAUUCUUAUUACAAAAUCUAAUCAACCAAAUAAUUCAUUACCAAUCAUAUCAACAUUAGGCAUGAUACCGAAAUUUGUAUUUUUCAAUAAUUCCAUCAAUGAUUAUUUAGAUUAUUUACGCAAUGAUAAUCAAAGAAAAUUAAUGAAUUCAAGUUUUUUACAAUAUAGUUUACGAAUUGUUUUACGUUCACAAUUAUUAUUAAUAAAUUGUACAGGAAUUGAUUUACACUUGAAAUUAUCAUGUUUUAAUGAUGAUUCUUCAUUGCAUACUGAUAAUAAUUGUGAUAUAUCAUUUCGAGAUAAUGAAUGUUUAGUUUUAUCUAAAACUCAACGUCAUUUUCAGUUAGGUGUUUUAUUGAACAAUGAAUUAUUUUGGUCUGAAACAAUAACCAUACACCAAUUAAAUUCAUCCAAUGAAUCAAUAAUGAAUCAUAGAGAAACAAAAAACAUUGAUGACAAACAUGUAGAUUUAUUCUCAUGGAAUAAUCAAUCUAAAUAUUUAUCUUUUACAAAUUCUCCCAGUACAAUAAAUAUCAAUAUUUUAAUUAAAAAUAAAAUGUUAUGUUUAACAAUUGAAUUAAAACCAAAUAAUCAACUGAAUGACACGAUUUAUGACAACAAUGCAGAUGAUACUAUGUCAAAAUCAAAUAAUUUCAUUAUAACAAUUAAACCAAGAUUUUAUAUUCACAAUUGGCCAGCUGAUUAUUUCCCGGUAAAAUUUAAACCAAUUAUUAUUCCAAUACAACAUAACAAUCAUUCUAUAUCUUCAUCGACAUUAACUGAAGUUAUUGAAAUUUCAAAAAGAAACAAUAGUGAUAAUAAUAUACCUGUUUUAUGGUGGAAUCUAAGUCAUGAUAUUGACAAAUCAUUAUUGAAUGCAGAAUUGUUGUAUUGUAUGCAAAUUGCAAUCGCUUCAAUUGUUCCAACACAAUGGUCAGAAGUAUUUCCACUUCACAGACUACCAAAUAUUUCGCAUAAUGUAAUUCAUCGAAAUUCAUUCUGUUCUAUGCCAAUAUUUCUUAGUCAAGUGUCGAUUCCAAUCGUUUCGGAAGGUCCAGUUCUGAAUGUAUACCCUAAUCUGUUUAUCGCUACAAUAGAACACAAAUUUACAGGUCAAAUAAUGAUAGAAGUGAUUAAGAAUUCAAUUUUACAAAAUUUAAAUCCAUUUUCACUACAUAUUUACAAUUGUACCAAUUCAUUUGUAUACUCUGUUGAACUAAUCGACCAAUUGUCAUCAUCAUCAUCAUCAUUGAAAGAACAUUUAUCAAUGAUCAAACUAUCAAAUGAUUCAAUGAAAAACAUUUUGAAAAAGACAUUUUUAAAUUGGUAUCCUCAUAAAAUUUAUGCAAAUUCACAAUUAUCAAUUCUACCAGAAAAUUUAUUAGAAUUAUUUUACAUGGAUAUAGUUAAUCAUAAUUAUAACAUUCAUGAUAAUAAUAAUCAUCAUCAAAAUGUCAAAGAUGUAUGUUUGAAUUUUUUCCAUCCAUCUCAAUUCUCUGUACUGGAAUUAAAUCUUGGUAUACAGAAGAAGAAGAAAGACAAUAAUGACGAUGGUGAUGCCGAUGAUGUGAAUCCUAUUCAAAUAAAUCUUAAAGAAUUAUAUUCUUCUAUGGAUAAAUCCAAUGGUUUAUGGCAGAAACAAAAAAUUCUCAAUGAUCAUUUAAUGAUUCAAUUAUACUAUUCAAUGAAUGAAAUGUCAUUUGGUUUAAUUAUUCAAUUGAUGGAUAAUAUUACUAAUUGUAAUAAUCCAAGCACUACUACUACUACUACUACUACUAAUCAAUUAUUAUUGUUAUCACCAACAUUAUCUAUAAACAACAAUUCAUUCCAGUAUUUACAUAAAAUACAAUUAACUAUACAUAAAUUCUGUACACAUUUAAUAACAAUAGAAAAUAGAAUGAUCCAUAAUUAUGCUCAAACAAAUAAAUCACUGUCUAAUAAUACAACAUCCAUGUAUAAACUCCAUGAAUUAUUACCACCACGAGAUGAAUUUAUCCGUUUAACCAUGAUCAAUUUAAGUUUAAUUCUUAUCAAUAAUUCAAUAUUGAAAAAUAAUAUUAUCCACCUGUAUGAUCAUCAUUCUAUCAUAAAUAAACAAGUGACUGUUGAAAUGCGUUUACAACAUUUACAAUUAGACAAUUGGUGUCAUUCUUGGACUAAUGCAUAUGAUUUCCCAGUGAUUGUACAAACAAUUCCAUUGAGAAAACCAAAGACAAUUUUAAAAAUUCUAUUCACCUCAUUAUCAUUGUCAACUUUAUUAUUAGAUAAAGAAUUAUUUAAUAUUGUAUCAACAAUUUCUUCUCCUAGCACUAUCACUGCCUUGUACUUGUAUCCGCCUAAUUUAGAUGUUUAUCUAGAAGAUUCUUUAAUCUAUGAUAUUCUUGGUGUAUUUAAUAAUUUUGCACAAAUUCUAAAUAAAUUUUAUUUAUCAACUAAUAAUAAUAAUAAUAACUUACAUAAUUCAUCAUUAAAACUAAUUGAUCAAGCUUACUUUUUAUGUAAACAAUUGACAAUUGAUUCAUUUCGAAUUAAUCUCAGUUUACAUGCAAUGUUACGUUUGUAUUUAUCAUGUCAUUCAGCUCCAUUGAAUUUCACUUCAUUUAAAUUGUUUAAUUAUGAAAAUAGAAAUUUGAAUAAUGAUGAUAAUGAGGAUGAUCAUCCUCAUUCAAAUAAUUUAUCUGGUUCAUUAAUUUAUUGGAAUUCAAUGAAAUAUUCAUUGACAAUGCAUUAUAUUACUCAAAUGUUAUUUCGUUCAGGUUGGUUAGUUGGUAGUUUAGAUUUAUUAGGUAAUGUAACCGGUCUGUUGUAUUCUCUAAUUAAUGGUCUGAAUGAUUUGAUACAUUUACGUGCAUCAAAUGAAGAGAACAGUAAUACUGAUGAUAAUAAUGAUGAUAGCAAUGGUGAUGACGAAAAUACUAUUACAAUGAUUACUUUGUCUGAUACUACAAAUCUAUUCAUUUAUCAAGAAAAUAUGAAUUUCUCGUCAUUAUCAACUGGUGCUAAUACAUUUGGUCCUAAUAAAUUUUCAUUGAAAUCUAAUCGUAAUGUUGGAUUUUUAUAUCGUCUUACUCAAGGACUUAGUUUGCUUACUCGUCGAACAACUGGCGGCUUAUUGUUAUCUAUCAGUGGCAUGGCUUCAAGUUUGGCUAGAAACUUGGAUUAUCUUUCUCUUGAUCCCCAUUAUGAGCAGCAUCAAGAUCAUAUUCGACGACAUUACACACCUAAAGGAUUUGGUGAAGGAAUUCAACAAGGAUUGAGCAGUUUAGGUUUGUGCUUAUUGAGUGCCAUAGCCGGAGUGGCUGAUCAACCAUUGCAAGCUAUUUUUAAAACAAUGGACAAUACAACUGUUCCAACAGAUGGUAUUUUCAAUUCAUCAAUUGAUACUCACUCAACUCCAAAUUUUUUGUUAACUACUCUUGGCGGUUUUGGUCGUGGUCUUGUUGGAGUAUUUACCAAACCUGUUGCUGGAGCUGCCGAACUAAUUGCUCAAACUAGCAAAGGUUUAUUACAUGGUACCAACAACUCAAUAGAGAUGACCAUACCAAGUAAAUAUGGAGAACCAUAUAUUUCAUCUGAUAUGGGUUUACGUGUACAGUAUCAAAAUGUAGACUGUAUGAUACUGUAUUAUUGGGGAUCAGCUGCUCUUAAAUAUGUACAGUCAAACUUUCCGACUUGUAAUUAUGAUAACAAUGAAGAAUUAUCAAUUUGCUCUUUGUUCACUACUGAAAUUUAUUAUCACAAUCAUGUGAAUGAUUCUAUAGCUGAAUCACGUAUUGUAAAUGAUACACUUAUUUGGAUAUCAGCGUCAUUUGAUCCAAAUAUAGUUUACGCAUCUGUGAUUACAGAUGAAAUCGAUAAUUCUUACUUCUCAUGGUUUGAACACUUUCCUGAUAAACUUUUGAUGCGGUUUAUCGACAACAUCAUCGGAGUCGAGUCAAAAUUCUUGGAAUUAAUUGGUAGUUCUGCUAGUGAUAAGUUUUUAUCAAUAAAUUCUCAUGAAAAUUCCGAAAAGAAUAUGAAUGAUUCUCUCAACAAUCGACCUUUUGAUGUUUCUACCAAUGAUUCUUGGACAUGGAUUGACCAUAUCCAAUUCACUUCAUCAAAUGAUAUACACUGUUUGAGAUCGAUUAUUCGAGAAUUCUGGGUGAUAGGUGAAAAGUUGAAACAAUCAACGCAUCAAAAUGAUACACAAUUAAAUUCUAGUUCACUUCAAGAACAACGCACCAUUUCUGAUAAUAAUCCCGUUGAUUCCAGAUCAGACUUGAGUUCUGAAGAUCUGUUUCCAUCUGAUCGACACAACUCUAGGUGGAAACGUGUUAGGGAAUAUUUGAUAGGUAUUAGUUCAACCGAUCCUAUUCAUAUCUAACAAUACUUUUUUUGUACAUUUCUGCUUUUUUUUCGCCUUCAGUUAAGAUAUACACUGUGAUUCAAAUUUUUUUGGUGUGAUAAUUUUUCUAGCAAAUGUGAUAAUCACUACACUACUUUCAGUUCUUAGCAACGAAUGCUACUUUUUACUCCUUUUGUUUGCAUGUUUUUCUUCACAGCCGAACAUUUUUACAUUGGUAAUCUUUAAACGUGUUUUUUGGAAGUUAGUUGUUUA